CCAAAGAAUCACCAUGACCGUUUGCAAUGCAUCCCUGGGUCACCCACCUUUCUUCAUUCUCCAAGGCAUUCCUGGGAUGGAGGACAAGCACAGAUGGAUCUCUGUCCCCUUCUCUUCCAUGUACUUCAUCACCAUCCUUGGGAACUGCACCAUCAUCUUCACCAUCUGCACAGAGCGCUCCCUGCACAAACCCAUGUUCCUGCUCCUCUGCAUGUUGGCCCUCACAGACCUGGGCAUGUCCACUACCACCAUUCCUAAGGUGCUGUGCAUCUUCUGGUUUGGCCAGAGUGAGAUCAGCUAUGUGGGCUGCCUGGUCCAAAUGUUCUUCAUCCACUUCAUAUCUGUGUUGCAGUCAGCCAUCCUGAUGACCAUGGCCUUUGACCGCUAUGUAGCCAUCUGUGAACCUCUGCGUUAUGCCACCAUCCUUUCCAAUAGUCGCAUUGGGCUCAUUGGCCUGGUGAGUUUAGUGAGAGCCAUCCUUUUCAUUCUGCCCAUGCCUGUCCUCCUCCAGAAGAUGCCCUUUCGUGUAAAUCACGUCAUCCCCACCACCUACUGUGAGCACAUGGCUGUGGUGAAGAUGGUGUGUGUGGACACCACAGUCAACAGGAUAUAUGGUCUCGUGGUGGCCUUGUUGGUUAUUGGGCUGGACAUCUCAGCUAUUGCUUCAUCGUAUGUGCUUAUCAUCCAGGCUGUACUGCGACUAUCUUCUAAGGAAGCCCACCACAAAGCAGUCAACACCUGCACCACACACAUUUGUGUCAUGCUUAUCUCAUACACCCCCUCGCUGUUCUCUUUUCUCACUCACCGCUUUGUUAGGGGAAUUGCACCCCAUGUGCACACCAUUCUUGGGAACCUCUACUUCCUUGUUCCUCCAAUGCUCAAUCCUAUUAUUUAUGCAGUGAAAACCAAAGAGUUUCGGGACAAAUUGACCAAAUACGGGUGCUGGAAGAAGGACCCUGUAACCAUAACCCAUGGUCAGAAGCCUGUCUGAUCAUCCAGCAGUAGUGGGUAUGAGGAAAAAAUGUUUAGUGGAGGCAGUUCCUGGGAGUAUUGACUGGUGAUGAGAUAUGUCGUAUUGGGCAGAUUGACUGUCCCACUCUUGGACAGAGAGGCUAUGUCACAGGAGACCUCCUUGCUCUCAGUAACUCUAAAGGUCUAAAGGAAGAAUCGUUGCCUAUGAAGUUAGAAUAAUGACAUAUUCUCUCCUUUCUUGACAUGCCAGUUGGGAAAGUUAUAUUGAUCAUGUUUUUAAAAGCACUUUCAACAAAACACACAGAGUGCAUAGAAAAUAAGUUAGGAUGUUUCCAUAUGGAGACAACAUUGAGCAAAAAUAACUGGCCCACCACUUUACCAUGUAAGAGCAAGAAUUAUGUGGGUGUGAGCAUGCAUUUGUAUUUGUUUGC